AUGCCGCGCCAGAGCGUGUUCGCCGCCGCCGCCGCCUCCGAGUUCCACGGGAUCGCGCUCCGAAGAGCCCCCGAAGCCGUCGCCCUUGACCUCGUUCGCCGCCCGCCGGAGCUGCAGAGCACCGGGCUCUGCACCGCCUCGUCCCUGCCGCUCCAGUCGCCCCCGAGCUCCACCGAGACCACCCUCGACCUCGCCACGCUCCGCCGCAUCUCCCCGACGUCGCCGCCGCCGCCCAGGGCCACCGGAGCAGCCGCGCCGUCCCCGCCCGAGCCGCCGUUGUCCGUCGCCGUCGUCGCCACACUGAGCCCCGAAGCCGUCGCCCCUGACCUGGUUCGCCGCCCGCCGGAGCUGCAGAGCACCGGGCUCUGCACCGCCUCGUCCCCGCCGCUCCAGUCGCCCCCGAGCUCCACCGAGACCACCCUCGACCUCGCCACGCUCCGCCGCAUCUCCCCGACGUCGCCGCCGCCGCCCAGGACCACCGGAGCAGCCGCGCCGUCCCCGCCCGAGCCGCCGUUGUCCGUCGCCGUCGUCGCCACACUGUAA